UGGAUCACCCUGCUGCCUCACUGCGGCCGUUUUAACGUGCGUGACGUCGUUUCCUUCCAACAUGGCGCAGCUAGGCAGGUUGCUAAUGGAAAUCUGAGGGAUUUACCCCACCUUAUGUGUUUAUUUACGUUUUUAUGUUACGGCCACCGACGCUGUCACAUCGAAUAGUAUACAUCCGUCUGAAACCGCUGCUGCCGUUGGGACAGGUACUGCUCCUCGACCCAAUUACGGUGCGUCAUGUAUGAGGGCAAAAAGACGAAAAACAUGUUUUUAACCCGAGCUUUGGAGAAGAUUCUGGCGGAUAAGGAGGUUAAAAAGGCUCAUCAUAGCCAAUUGCGUAAAGCCUGCGAGGUGGCACUUGAGGAAAUAAAGGAGGAGUCUGAAAAAUUAAGUCCGCCUCCAGACGGCAAUUCUGAUUCCAGCACUCUCCCGCCAAUCAAAUCAAAGACCAGCUUUGUCGAGGCUGACAAGUACUUCCUGCCGUUUGAGUUGGCAUGUCAGUCCAAAUGUCCCCGUAUUGUCAUCACGUCACUAGACUGUUUACAGAAGCUGAUCGCGUACGGCCACCUGACAGGCAGUGCUCCAGACAGAACGGCCCCCGGCAAGAAGCUCAUCGACCGGAUCAUCGAGACCAUCUGUGGCUGCUUCCAGGGUCCUCAGACGGAUGAAGGCGUCCAGCUCCAGAUCAUUAAGGCCCUGUUGACAGCGGUGACCUCUCAGCACAUAGAGAUCCACGAGGGCACGGUUCUGCAGGCCGUCAGGACAUGCUACAACAUCUACCUGGCCAGCAAGAACCUCAUCAACCAGACCACGGCCAAGGCCACCCUCACUCAGAUGCUCAACGUCAUCUUCGCCCGCAUGGAGAACCAGGCACUUACAAAUCACAAGAUAUCUUGGUCUUUGGCCUCCAGAAAACGUGACCGCCAGCUCCAGGAGGCCAAGCACAUGGAGAGAGAGCGGCACCGGCAACACUCCCCGGUCACACAGCAACCGGAACCCGACUCCCCCCAGUUGCAGCAGCAUCCCUACCCCCUAGCAAAGGGCCUACCUGGGGAGGCCAACGGCCCCGCCACCCCCUCUACACCCACACCCACCUCCACCCCCUCCACCCCUACACCUACCCCCACCGCAGGCCCUCAGGGCGGCAUGGCCGGGCCCGCGGGCCGCCCGGAGAGCCAGGGGUCUGCCAACGGAGAGCCGGCAGAGCCUGGGGAACUGGGGGUGGUGUGCGAGAGCCCGGACCCCGAGAACAGCUCUGAGUUCUGCGCGGCGGAGAAUGAGCAGACCGAGGCUGACCAGGCCACCGCUGCGACACAGACUGCGGCUCAGUGUGAUCUGACUACAGAGGAGGAACCAAACUAUGAGGAGAAAGCCCAGGAGAUCGUCCAGAGCAUCCUGCAGGAAGUCGUCAACACCAUCGUUGGAGAUGCCAAGGAUCCUGCUGAUGACACGGAGCCACCCACAGAGGUCACUACCAAGAUUACAGGGGUCACCGGGGUCACAGAGGUGGUGGACGAUGAGGGAGCGCUGGGCAGUGACGCCGAGAACAUUCAUGCCAACGGAAUCCCUGGCACGCCCAUUUCUGCCAGCUUCACCCCAUCGCUGCCUGACGACAGGCUGUCUGUCUCGUCCAAUGACACACAGGAGUUGGGGGCGACCACAGGCCCCGCGCCUGGUGCGAAGUUCUCCCAUAUUCUCCAGAAAGAUGCCUUCCUAGUGUUCAGAUCACUCUGCAAGCUGUCAAUGAAGCCUCUGUCGGAUGGACCCACUGACCCCAAGUCUCAUGAGCUGCGCUCCAAGGUCCUGUCUCUCCAGCUGCUGCUCUCCAUCCUGCAGAAUGCCGGGCCCAUCUUCAAGACCAACGAGAUGUUCAUCAACGCCAUCAAGCAGUACCUGUGUGUGGCGCUGUCCAAGAACGGUGUCUCUUCCGUCCCAGAGGUCUUUGAGCUCUCGCUCUCCAUCUUCCUCACCCUCCUCUCCCACUUCAAGACCCACCUCAAGAUGCAGAUCGAGGUGUUCUUCAAAGAGAUUUUCCUGUACAUUCUGGAGACAUCUACAAGCUCCUAUGACCAUAAAUGGAUGGUCAUACAGACACUCACUAGAAUAUGUGCAGACGCCCAGGGUGUGGUGGAUAUCUAUGUCAAUUAUGACUGCGACUUGAAUGCUGCUAACAUCUUUGAGAGGCUCGUAAAUGACCUCUCGAAGAUCGCACAGGGCCGGGCGGGACAUGAGCUCGGAACAACACCAGUUCAGGAGCUGACUCUGAGAAAAAAAGGUCUGGAGUGUCUGGUGUCCAUCCUAAAGUGUAUGGUGGAGUGGAGUAAGGACCAAUAUGUUAACCCCAACUCCCAGACCAGUCUUGGUCAGGAGAAGCCAUUGGAGCAGGAGACGAGCGAGACAAAGGCCCCCGACACCAUCAACCGCUACGGCAGUAUCAACUCCCUGGAUUCCACCGCGUCGUCGGGCAUCGGAAGUUACAGCACGCAGAUGUCGGGGACAGACAACCCGGAACAGUUUGAGGUCCUGAAACAACAGAAGGAGAUCAUCGAGCAGGGAAUUGACCUGUUCAACAAGAAACCAAAGAGGGGCAUUCAGUACCUCCAGGAGCAAGGCAUGCUGGGAACCACACCAGAGGACCUUGCUCAGUUCCUACACCAGGAGGAGAGACUAGACUCAACUCAGGUGGGCGAAUUCCUCGGGGACAACGAUCGCUUCAGUAAAGAGGUCAUGUAUGCCUAUGUCGAUCAGAUGGACUUCCAGGGCAAAGACUUUGUCUACGCUCUGCGGACAUUCCUGGAGGGCUUCCGUCUCCCGGGGGAGGCUCAGAAGAUCGACCGACUCAUGGAGAAGUUUGCUGCUAGAUACCUAGAAUGUAACCAGGGGCAAACAGAGUUUGUGAGCGCAGACACUGCGUAUGUCUUAGCCUACUCAAUCAUUAUGUUGACAACAGAUCUUCACAGUCCGCAGGUGAAGAACAAGAUGACUAAAGAGCAAUACAUCAAAAUGAACCGGGGGAUCAAUGACAGCAGAGACCUACCGGAGGAGUACCUGUCCGCCAUCUAUGACGAGAUUGCAGGCAAGAAGAUCGCCAUGAAGGAGACCAAGGAGAUCACUCUGAAAUCCAACAAGCACAGUGUGGCCAGCGAGAAGCAGAGACGUCUGCUGUAUAACGUGGAGAUGGAGCAGAUGGCCAAGACGGCCAAGGCCCUGAUGGAGGCAGUCAGUCACGUCCAGGCUCCCUUCACUAGCGCCACACACCUGGAGCACGUCAGGCCCAUGUUCAAGCUGGCCUGGACGCCGUUCCUGGCCGCCUUCAGCGUAGGCCUUCAGGACUGUGACGACACCGAGGUGGCGUCGCUGUGUCUGGAGGGAAUACGCUUCGCCAUACGUAUAGCCUGCAUCUUCACCAUACAGCUGGAGCGGGAUGCUUAUGUACAGGCCCUGGCGCGGUUCACCCUGCUCACAGCCAGCUCUGGCAUAACGGAGAUGAAGCAGAAGAACAUCGACACCAUCAAGACCCUCAUCACCGUGGCCCACACCGACGGGAACUACCUGGGAAACUCCUGGCACGAGAUAAUGAAGUGUAUCAGUCAGUUGGAGCUGGCCCAGCUGAUCGGGACGGGGGUGAAGACCCGGUACAUCUCAGGAACGGUCCGGGGUAAAGAGGGCUUCAUCACCAGCACCAAGGAGCAGAGCAACGACGAAUACCUGGGCCUUGCAGGUGGGACUGUAGACCGGAAGCAGAUAGCCAGCAUCCAGGAGUCCAUAGGAGAGACCAGCUCCCAAAGUGUCGUGGUGGCAGUGGACAGGAUAUUCACAGGUUCAACCAGACUGGAUGGUAACGCGAUUGUGGACUUUGUGCGCUGGCUGUGUGCUGUGUCCAUGGACGAGCUGGCCUCGCCCACACACCCCCGCAUGUUCAGCCUGCAGAAGAUUGUGGAGAUCUCCUACUACAACAUGGGACGCAUCCGGCUCCAGUGGUCCAGAAUCUGGGAGGUCAUCGGUGACCACUUCAACAAGGUUGGAUGUAACCCCAAUGAGGACGUGGCUAUCUUUGCUGUGGAUUCUCUCCGGCAGCUGUCCAUGAAGUUUCUAGAGAAGGGGGAGCUGGCAAACUUCAGAUUCCAGAAGGACUUUCUGAGGCCUUUUGAACAUAUCAUGAAGAAGAACAGGUCUCCGACCAUCAGGGACAUGGUGGUGCGUUGCAUAGCUCAGAUGGUCAACUCGCAGGCGGGGAACAUCCGAUCAGGCUGGAAGAACAUCUUCUCUGUGUUCCACCUGGCUGCUUCAGACCAGGACGAGAGUAUCGUGGAGCUAGCCUUCCAGACUACGGGUCACAUCAGCACAAAUGUGUUUGAGAAGCACUUUCCAGCCACCAUAGACUCCUUCCAGGAUGCUGUCAAGUGUCUGUCUGAGUUUGCCUGUAACGCCUCCUUCCCUGACACCAGCAUGGAGUCCAUCCGCCUCAUCCGCCACUGCGCCAAAUAUGUCUCUGACAGGCCUCAGGCUUUUAAAGACCACACCAGUGAUGACAUGAACGUAGCCACAGAGGACCGUGUGUGGGUGAGGGGGUGGUUCCCCAUACUGUUUGAACUGUCCUGUAUCAUCAACAGGUGUAAACUAGACGUCCGGACCAGGGGUCUGACCGUGAUGUUUGAGGUGAUGAAGACCUAUGGACACACGUUUGAGAAACACUGGUGGCAGGAUCUGUUCCGAAUUGUCUUCAGGAUAUUUGACAACAUGAAGCUUCCUGAGCAGCAGACUGAGAAAGCGGAGUGGAUGACAACAACCUGUAACCACGCACUUUACGCCAUUUCCGACGUCUUCACACAGUACUUUGAGUCUCUUAAUGACGUCCUGCUGGAUGACAUCCUGUCACAGUUGUACUGGUGUGUUCAGCAAGAUAAUGAGCAGUUGGCCCGGUCAGGCACUAACUGUCUGGAGAAUGUGGUGAUCCUGAACGGAGAGAGGUUCACGCCUGAGACCUGGGACAAGACCUGCUCCUGCAUCUUGGACAUCUUCCAGACCACCAUCCCACACAUGCUGUUGACAUGGAGACCAGCAGGAGCAGAGGGAGAUCACAUGACACCACAGGACCUAUCAGACAAGCAGCUGGACUCCGUUUCCCAGAGGUCAGUAGAAAUCCAGUCCCGUUCCGAGGACCAGCAUUCCAUCAGCAGCGCUGAAAGGGCUGCCAUGGAGACCCGGCGACCGAGUCAGUACAGCAAUGGCAUUUAUGAGGAUGUCUCCAGAAACAGGACCCCAGCAAAGUUCCAGGAGCAGCGGUUGUUCUCUGCUCUGCUCAUCAAGUGUGUGGUGCAGCUGGAGCUGAUCCAGACCAUCGACAACAUUGUCUUCUUCCCUGCCACCAGCAGGAAGGAGGACGCAGAGAACCUGGCUGCUGCUCAGAGGGAUUCUGUAGAGGUAGCAGAUGUCGGUUUGGAGUCUCCGGAUCAGGGGAUGUAUCGCUACCUGACCUCAGAACAGCUCUUCAAGAUGCUGGACUGUCUGCUGGAGUCCCACCGCUUCGCCAAGGCCUUCAACUCCAACAACGAGCAGAGGACCAUCCUCUGGAAGGCAGGUUUUAAAGGCAAGUCGAAGCCCAACCUGCUGAAACAGGAGACCAGUAGUCUGGCGUGCGGACUGCGGAUUCUGUUCCGGAUGUACGUGGAUGAGAGCCGUCGACCCGCCUGGGAGGAGGUCCAGUGUCGUCUACUCAAUGUGUGCAGUGAAGCACUGGCCUACUUCCUGACUCUGACGUCAGAGAGCCACAGAGAGGCCUGGACCAGCCUGCUCCUACUGUUUCUCACCAAGGUCCUGAAGAUCAGUGACGACAGGUUCAGGGCCCACGCGUCCAGGUACUACACUCUGCUGUGUGACAUCAUGCAGUUUGAUCUGAUCCCAGAACUGCGGGCCGUGCUGCGGCGGUUCUACCUACGCAUUGGCUUCGUCUUUCAGAUCUCCCAGCUGCCCGAUUCGUCCCGGCCAGAACUGGAACCACCACCAGAACCAGAACUGGACAUUGCAAGAGGAGUGGCUGCUGAAGGGGAAGCCCAGUGAGGGUGCACUUGUGGCAGGCUGGGAAAGAGGCCUCUGGACGUGGAAGCAUGGAGCUCUGCUAGUCCAAGACCCCUUGUUGCCUUCAGUUUGUCUACUGUCCAAACCCUGUAGGACUGUGGUGUCCCCUCCCCAGGGUACCGCGCGGGGUGCACCUGAUCUGACCCCGCCCAGUUCUGGCACCCAGAAUCCCCCACAAAUGGUACUGCAAACUUCCAGGGGUCUCUGUGAAUCGGACGGAUCGUGACAUGAAAUGCCCUCUCCAUGUCAUAGUUGAUCCUUGACCCUGAUCUAAAGGUCAGCUUGUGCAAAAUACCCCUAAAUGGUUAAGCUCAGGAGACGGGAAGAUCAAGCUGAACCUCUAUCCUAUGACUAACUUCUACCUAAAGCCAGUGGUAUCAUGGGAGUUAGGGUUUGGCCUGGUACAUACAGGUCUGAUUCUCCACUGGAUUACACAAUUACACUGACCUCUGCAAAAUAUACAUAAUUAGAAAGUGAGCCUCCCCACAUAACACAGAAGUGUGUCUAUAUUGAACUAUAUUUUAAAAAGGUCUGCUUCUUGAUAUUAUUACUGUAUUCCUGAAAACUAUUCUUGAGAAUUAAAUGUCUACACAUACUCUACACCAUACAAUGCAAAUUACAAAUAUUCAGUAUGUAAAGUGACAUAAAUCUUUUCCUGGCUUCACCACUGAUGGCUAAUGUUAGCAACAUUAGCCCCUGGUUGAAAAAAAAAUACCGCUUUGUAAAAUAAUCUCAUAACACUAGAUUUUAUUUCUGGAUUGUUUUUUUCCUGGAUUUUGCGUCACUUGAUCUCAUUACGGAAUGCACUGGAGAUUUUUACCUUAAUAAUUUAUUAGACUGAACCGUCUUUCCUGCAGAUUGUCCUGUAGAAGAUUUGUAAUUGAACGACGACACAAAGUGAGGGUUAAAUUAUUCAAUUUUAUAUGUUCAAUGGCUUUUCAACUAAUAGUUGACUACUGGGGCUUCUCUAAAACUGGAAAAAAGCAAACGCAGACUUGUUCAGGAGUUGGCUACAAAACCGAAGGUUCAGAUAGAAAUGGAUCAUAUAUAUUUUUUCUGUUAUGUUCUACACAGAAAUAUUCGCUCUAUAGACACCAUUUCUAUCACCAAUGUUUCUGAAUUGGCACGGAUGGGAGCUGCUUCCGAGUCACUGGUCUGUUUCCAUGUUUGAAGUUAGUGUACAAAUUUGAACAAAUUCAUAAUAUAUUUAAAUUUUCUUUUUUUGAGGGGACUGUUGGGGGACAGGCUGUAUGUAUAGAGUAAAUGAAGAUAUAAUGUUAGCUGUGCUUUAAAAAGAGACUUCUGUUAAGUGUCUGGAUCUGACACAUUCCUAGAUCACGGAUGUAGAAAACAACAUGUAUAUGGUUCAGCAAUGUAAAGUUUUCUAUGUUGAAAAAAAGACCUGUGUACAACUUUCUGUACAAAACUGGUCAUCAUCCGAUAUUCCAAUCAGGUUAUAGGUCAAUAAAGUUUUUGAACUUAA